CAAUGAAUAGAUUUUUGAACACAACUUUAAAGAAACAAAUACGAAAUUGUAGCGAAUUGCUAUGGCAACAAAUAUACAAAACAUGUGUUCUGUGAUUAUAGUUUCUAAUAUUUGUAUCGUACAUAUCUGUAUGUAUACAUCUGCUUUUGGUCAUGGGACAUGAUAAAAAAUAUCAAUUUAAAAAUUUGUGAAAUUGCAAUUAUAGAAUUGACACAUCAUGUGAAAACAUGUAAAGAUAAAAGAUCUUACCGUAAUUCAAUUGCAGAUGUAUUUUAUGUAUAUUGAUAUAGUGUUACAGAUACAUGCUAUAAACGAAAAAGCGGAGAUAUGUAGAGAUAAAUUAGCUUUAAAUAAGCAUACAAUUUUUUUUAUACUGAAAGAGUUAUAAUAAUUAGUAAUCCCUCAUGCAUGGCUUAAGAGCAGACCACAAAUCUCUUGGAGGACUCGGCACGAGUCGAUGGUUGGAAGCACUUUGGGAACCAAGUGUUGGUUUAUUUGCUUUACCAGGUGGACUUGAUAUGUUGGAUGUAAGUGGUGAUGGAGAUGCUAGACUCAUCUGUGCUGAUCUAGGACCAAUAGGAAAUGACUUGACAAAGAUACGAGUAUAUAAAGGAAGUGAUCAAAUAACUGAACAUAACAUGGUAGAUCCACCUUGUGGUGUAGUUGGUUUUUAUACAGAAAAUGGAGAACUUCGCUCAUCUGUAGUAGCUGUAGGAGCUGGAGCCAGUGUAUAUAUUUUCAAAAACAUGAGACCUUUUUUCAAGUACUGUCUGCCACAUAUUGACGCUCAUCCAAAAGAACGAGAAAUUUGGCAUAAAUGCGGAUUGGACGAGGAAUUAAAUGUGCUUACUCUCGCGGAUGAUUUGGAGUUAUUGCUAAAAGAACUCGGGGCGUCAUUUCUUUCACCUCGCACAUUAAAAUUUCUGUCUAUGGAUAAUAAUUUACGAUUGAGCUUCGCGGAACAAUAUAGAAGAGUUCCGCUUGUCAAAGCUAACGCCCUAACAGCGAUUGCAACCAUCCGAAGAGAUUCAUGGAAUGAUCCUGCUAGUAGUUGUUUAAUAUUAGGAACUGAAGUUGGUGAAAUUCUCAUUUUGGAUCCUAGAGCUUUUUCAGUUAUGGAUAAACAUCAAUUGGAAUGGCCACCAGUGGCAUUUGCCAGUUGUGGUUUAUGGACUGGCGAUGGUCGCAUAAUGAUUAUUGGAAGAGAUGGAAAAAUAGGAGCAAUUAGGAGAGGAAGCCCUGUGAAACUUUGGGAAACAUUGCCAGCACCAGCAGUAGCUAUUUCUGUUCUUACUUCCGAAGGUGCGGCAGUAGCUGUUAUGGAUGGUACUUUAAUAGGAUUUUCAAAGAAGGGGAUAAAAUUAUGGUACAUUAGUAUUCCUGGCAUAAUAUUAGAUUUAGUGAGCUUACCAGUACCACAAAGCGGAUUAUCUUUGUUAGCUGUAAGCACAGCAGGCUAUGGAGUGCGCAUUUAUGAUGGGAAACAUCAUGUAGAUACAGUGAAGAUUAUGGAGCCUGUAUCUGCCCUUAAGUAUGGACGAAUGGGACAAGAAGAACGAACAAUAGCUAUGAUUACUGUUGGCGGCGGUUUAUGUAUGAAGAUCCUAAAACGCACUGCUGAUUUCAAUGUAAAUAAUUCAGUGUCGAAUUCAUUAUCAUGCAAUACAUCGAAGUUCUCGAUACCGAAGAAAACACGACUAUUCGUUGAUCAGACGAUAAGGGAGAGAGCAGAAGCGAAGAAAAUUCAUAACACUUUUCAGCAAGGCUUUCUUCGUUUACGCUUAACAACCGCUAAACAAGCUUUCGAAAAUUUAAAUGAAAAUCAAACAACAGGACCGAAUCCUAUCACAUUGGAAGCAAAUGUCCUUGGUUUGGGUCCCAAUUACAUGAUUCGUAUUCUAGUGACAAAUAUCUCUGAAGGUUUAUCCUAUACAGAAUUAUAUAUUCUGUGUAGACCAGAGGAUACUGAUGUGAAUCCUCGUGUGAUAGAUUUGCCUUUGCUACCAAGCGCUGUACCCAUAUCUCUAACUGUUAGUGCAAACUUAAAAAGUCAAAUAUCAGGAAAAAUUAAGAUAUUACUAUGUAAGAAAUCAAAUCCAAAACCUUUAGGUGUAACGACUGUAAUACUGCCAGCUGCUGAGGAAGAUUUUGAAAUCUAAGAAAUACAAUUAUUUAAAUUUUUUAAGUGAAAAUUAUCACUUUAUAUGUUAGAAUUUAUCAUUCUUUAGAAUACAAAAUUUGUCUUUGACAUUUGGCUUUUGGCAUUUGUUGCAUGUUUGUGUGUAUUAAUCUAUAUA